AUGCCUUCACCACUUCCCUCCACUUUUGCCUCUGCCGCCGCCGGCAAUACUGACUCGACGAGACGAGAAACAGCCGGCAGUGGAGAAUGGUCUCGAAAUCGCUUGAAUGGAGCCACGCAAACUUUUCGCCGGCCCUCCGUCGCAACCAACACGUCUCACACUCGGGAAACUACACAGGUAUCUUCGAAUGUAUCGACUCCCACCGUCCCGGCCUACAUACCACCCCACCUCAAUUCGAAUUACCAAUCCGGUGCCCUACGAGGUGGGAGUACAGGUGACAAUCGAUACUCGAAAGACCAGCUCCUCCAUCUGUACAGAAGCCAAAAGGAGUCCAAGGACUGGGGUAAGAAUGUCACUGACCACUUUAUGGCUGACUGGAACCCAUUGGAGGAAAGUCCAACCACCAACGGUGGUUGGGGCAAACGCGAAGAUUUUAAAGAUAGCCACGCGGGACCAGAGGUGUGCUGGGAUCACGAUGGGAAGAUUGAGCCGCUAGCUUUAAUUGAUAUGAACCAGGAAGAAAAAGAGUUAUUUUCUACGUCUGUCAACUCCCCGCUCAAGCCCCCACCCCAGAAUGCGAAGGAUGGCAGUGCCCCCAGCAGUUCAAUGGGCCGCAAGUCAUCUUUUUCUCAUUCGCAAGGUCACAUGAGCUCCUUUAAUGCCUCGUCUCCGGGAUCCGCACGACCUGGACCUCGAAGACGUGGUACUGGAGACUCAGUAGCAAACACGAUGUCGCCCACUGGGAACUCGCGAUUUUUUCGCGAUGAGCCCAACGCGUCAACACCUCCCCCAUCCCUCCUGCGUCGAAAAACCGAUUUUAAAGACUCGAAGUUAGAGGAAGAGGGGAAUGAUAAUGCAGAUCGUGAUGUGCCGCUGGACAUCAGCUCUCCGUUUGCAGCGCUGAAGCGUAGUUCGACCAAUCCCCUUGGGACUUCUACCACCUCACCUUGGCCGACGGGCUCCUCAUUCUCUCCCAUGGGCUCGUUCGGUAACUUUUCCCUUGGAACCAUCGCGUCUCCACCUGCAGAAAAGAAAACUAGUUUUGGUAGUUUGCGUGGAGAGAGUCGCUUCAAAAAUUUACUAUCUAAGAGUAGCACAGAGGACUUCGGUGCCAGCUCCAAAGAGAAACCGUCCAUUCUUGAUCGUCUUCCUGAAACAGAUACUGACAACCCCCCACAAACUCAGGCGGAUGGCUUGAAGAACCGCCCAACCCGCAGUGAAACGAAUCCUUUUGAAGAAUCACGUAGCGGAAGCGCUGCCCUUGGUGGGCAGGAUUUGAGUGCUUCCAGUGCUGGAAUCGAUCAGUUUGGACUGUCCUUCGGCAUGCCAACUGGACCUUCCGCGAUACGUGAGAUGAUUUCUGGAGGACAGCAACAUGUCUCGGGCCAUAUUCUUGGAAACGAACCCAUGAGUCCCACCCACACCAACCCGUAUCAAAGUCCCCAUGGAGAGCGUGCUGACCCAGAUGAAAUUGCUACCAAUGGAUCUGAUAUACAUCACAACCAUCUGCCGGGUCUUAGUGAGCUGCGUGAGGAUUCAGGACCUUCAACCUUUGGAACUUUCCCAAGAGGCACUGGUGACAUUACGUCAGGAGAUCGAAGCCAAACAUCGAGCGUAGGCGGUUCACGAAGCUUUUCAGGGCUAGGCGGCCUCGGUGGCCUUGCUCCACUCGGCACAUCAACGGGUUGGCCACCAUCUGCUGCCACUGGAACGCCGACUCGGGAAAGGUCUGCCUUCAUGGGUGCAUUUGGUGACCCUCUUUUCGCGCCAAUGCCUGAGCUUCAGUCUCCUAGUUUAUCCGCCUUAGGGGGCGGGGGAUUUUUCGGGUCGCACACCAGUCUUUCUAAUGCUGGCACAAGCACUCGUCCUAGCAAGCUUGGUUCACUUUUCCCUCCCGCAAUGCAAGACCAGAUGCGGGAUAAUUCUCAAUCUUUUGCUGGGCUAGAAGGAACAAGAGCUCAAGAUCCUUUUAUGGUUUCCGAGAAAGCCCCAGGUGCUGUUCAAUCCUCGCAGGCGCCCUCUGCGAGCCUAGGAGUAAAUCAGGUCGUGAAUCAGCCAGCGCCAGAAGCUGGUGCUCAAGCAUCAGGUCAGUCUAGUGGCAGUUCAUCGACAACUCAGCUCCCACCGGCCCAGCAGCGCCAAAUGGUGAUGCCGGAUCGAAUGCGUUGGAUCUACCGUGACCAUAAAGGAAACACGCAGGGACCCUGGUCUGGCCUUGAAAUGCACGACUGGUUCAAGGCUGGUUUCUUCACCGCAGAGCUCCAGGUUAAAAAGCUUGAAGAUACGGAGUAUGAACCGUUGGGUCAACUUGUUCGACGAAUUGGCAAUUCUCGAGAACCUUUCCUUGUUCCCCAAAUUGGCGUUCCUCAUGGCCCCCCUGUGCCUCAAACUCCGUGGCCCGCAUCAUCGCAGGGCGGUGCUGUCCAGCCUCCAUUUGCCAGUAGCUUCCCCAGUUUUGGCACUACCUUAACUGCUGAUCAGCAAAACGCACUGGAACGACGAAAGCAGGAAGAGCAAUACAUGAUGGCCCGCCAGAAAGAGCAUCUCGCCCAACAGCAGGCAAUGAUGAAACAGAUGCAAUUCCAAGCCCCUGGUCAUUCGGUGCAUCCUCAACUCCAGCAUCACUCUAGUGCUCAUAGUCUUCAGAGCCAGCCGAGUUAUGGCAGCAUUGCUUCUCCUGCAACCUUCCAGCCGUCUUCAAUUCAAGCUCCAAUUCAGCCCCCGCAGCCGCUACCAGGAUUCUUCGAUUCGCGGAUUGGAUCCACGACAAUGCCAGGCGUGGCUCCCCAAAUGCCUAUUCAAGAACCAAUAAACACACAAGAUCAAUUGCCUGCUAUGCUUGAUCGCAUAAAUAUCAAUCGCAAUGCACAGUACCCUUUUGGUGUACCCUCUUUUGGAGCAAGACAGGCUGAAGCAGGCAUGCACCCCGAUGCUGUGACGACUAUGCUACAAGAUCGGUCACACCUUGAGCAAGAGCAGGAACAGUUUAAUCAAACGCAAAGCGAUUCAAUUUUUGAUCAACAAGCCCGCGAAGAACGUCUUCGCCAAUUCCACGCCUUGAGAAAUGCGGAUGAGGAGGCCUCUGCGCGCAAGGUCGAGGGCCUUCCGACUCACCCACCAGCCCCUUCUUUAGACCAAGAGCCUGGCGUCCAUGAUGAUAUCUCUGCACGUAAUAUGAAAUUCCAGCACACCCAGGGCGAACUUUCUCUCACUCAACAAGUGCAAAACGCCGCUACCUCCCAGCGACUACAAAUGCAAGCCCAAGCACCGACCCAACAAGAAUCACCAUGGGCCAAGAUCGACACCAGCAUGCCUCAGCCAUUCCCUCCGCCACCAUCUCAGUCUCCUCUGCCGGCACCUGCGGCGCAACGUAAGCAGAAUAUUGCCGACACCUUGGUUGCUGGAUCCAGAUCCCAAAGUCAAACUCCUGCGGCGGAAGCUCAAACAGCAUCUAUUGCUCCCUGGGCUGCACAAGCUACUGACAUGCCGAAGGGCCCAUCCCUGAAGGAAAUCCAAGAAGCUGAGGCACGGAAGGCUGCAAAGCUCGAAGAAGUUGCCGCCGCUGCUCGUCGUGCGAUCGCCGAACAGGAACGUGCAAACCAGCCGGCACCGCCAGCUCCUGGACUCCCUUCAACGGCCAAUUGGGCGAGUACGGGGUCUCCUGCUUCUCCCACUCCACCAGGCUCUGUGUGGGCCAAAUCGGUGACCGGCAAAACCCCUACUCCCACCUCCACAGCACCAAAGAAGACACUAGCACAGAUUCAGAAAGAAGAGGAGAUGCGUAAGCAGCGACUCGCAGCUGCCAGCGCUCAAGUGACCGCAACAGCUGUCGCAGCCACCUCCGGUGGUAAGCGGUAUGCAGACCUAGCGAGUAAAGUCAGUCCUACGAAUACGGCGCCGGUUGGAGGUGCAUGGACCACGGUUGGAGCCGGUGGCAAGGCAAAGGCGCCAGUUGCGCCGGCAGCACCGGCACGAGCGGUUGUGAAUACCUUGCCUGCAGCCUCUGCUGUAAAGGCCAGGCCCAUGACGGCCCCUAGAUCCGCAGCCGCGGCGGCAGCCACCAACCCAAGCAAAGCUACGGAAGAGCUUUUAAAAUGGGCCAAGGUGUCAUUGGGCAAAGGUUUGAAUAGUGCUAUCAAUGUGGAUGAUUUCGUGCAGCAACUACUUCUUUUGCCCCCAGAGACGGAGAUAAUCUCGGAUUCCGUGUACGCUAACUCCCAGACUCUUGAUGGCCGCCGAUUCGCCGAUGAGUUCAUCCGCCGUCGCAAGCUUGCGGACAAGGGGAUAAUCGAGUCCGCCCCAAGCACGGGUGGUAAUAUGUUCGGCGCAGGUUCUGGCGAUUCCAAGGGUGCUUCUGACGGAUGGAACGAGGUUGCUAAGAAAGGAUCUACUAACGCACACCGAGAAGAUACCACCGCGCCAUUUAAGGUUGUGUCUAAGAAGAAGGGGAAGCGGUAA